AGAUGCGGCAAAACAAACACCGAGGUUCUUGGAGGUGUGAUGCCACACCUCUUGUCUCGACCUUCACAGCUCAUCUCGACAACAGCUAACCUUCAGACGCCCGUCCCACACGCGGCGGAGCCACCGAACACCCGUUCCGCGACGCGGUCCGUUCGGCUCGGUGGUGGCGAACGGAUGGGGCGGUCCUUCCCAUGGCGAGCGACCGAGUCCAGGUGAACUCCCUCCACCACCGGGCACUGCAAAGAAAUUCGCUCACAGCUUCUGAAAGGGCCGCCCUCCACGCGAGGCGUUUUGACCUUGAAACCCUUCGCGACGACCAGGUGUGCUGCCGUCCAGCUUGCGCGCUGGCCUGCGGUCUAGCGUGCGCGCUGGUGCUGGUGCCGAGCUUGAGCACGAAGCAAGGGGUGCAAUGCUUCACGGAUGGCUUGGACUUCGGGUGUACCAAGCCGACGCCCUCCUCCGAAGUCUGGACCCUCAUCGGCGUUUUACUGGCGUUGAGAUGCUCCUUGGCUCUCUUGGCGUAUCUCCUGACUCUUUGCCGUCGCCUCCUUCAACGAGCUUCCCAUUCCGGCCGAGCUCGCGCUUCGAGCGCGCACACGUCCGCCGAAGACGGGCUGCUCGCCAAUCCAUUGGACCCUGCUGGCGCGGACUACUGGGAAGGCCGCAGCGUGGGGAGGGGCAUCAGUGUCUUCCUGCCGGACGCGCGAAAGCAGAAGGAGCUCUUAAGAACUUGGAACCAACGAGAAAGCUUCGCGCUUUUGGGCACUGGAAGUUAUUUGAUCCGGCAACCAGAUCUGCUGCUCUGGUGGGACUUGCCGGAAGAGAUGGUGGGCCUUUUGAGCGAGGAUCAGUCAGUGGUCUAUGCCGCCCUGGGGCCGGAGAAGCAGUACUUCCUGCGCUCCGCGUUCGCGUUCGGCUUCGUGAAUGGCGACACCUGCUGGUCCCUGUGGUCUGAGCUGUCUCAGCAGAUCAAGGAGCAAGAACAGCGGGAGCACCGUGUCUCCUAUGUCUGCAUCGCACCGGACCGUGGCUACUUUGUGCUCUUCGAGAGUGGUGGAUGGGCCCAUAACCGCUUACCCGAGAGCCUCCGGUGCUUCCUCACGCAGAACCGGGAGCGGCUGUCACAGGUGGACACCAUGAGCGUGUCCCACGAGGGCGCCUGGUUCGUCUCCUUCCGCGAUGGCCUGAAGCCUCGCUGGCGCUGCGACCGGCUGCCGCGCCGCUUAGGGGAACGACUCUUGCAGCUGAGUGGUGGAGAUUGGAAGAUCCAAUCUGUGGAAUUCGGUUUCGAUGGCUCGUGGCUACUGCGCUUCGAUAGCUUCGAAGGGGCUCAAAAGGAAAGAGAGACGCGGCUCGCUCUGUGGGCAGUUUGA